CAAAGGUAGGUUAGAGAGAGAGAGCGCGAGAGAUCCGUACCAAUCAAGUUGUAUCAGACAGCAGUGUGGUUUGUCGAGGAAAGAUACAGAGAGAAAAAAGACACGCAGCGCAAACAACAAGGAGAGCGCGAACACCUUCCACUCCCUUCUCUUCCUGUUAUUCUUUGCUUCUCCAAGUGGGAACUGUUGUUGCUGCUUGAGAGAGAAAGGAAGUUGGAAGGGGUUGGGAAAGUGGAGAUCCCCAUGAGAAAUUAAGAUUUCUGGGGUUUGACCGAAGUUUGGUAGUGACCCAGUUUGUGGAUGUUGUUGUUGGGAAAAAAAUUGAGAUUUCAGGUUCUGGAUAAGGGAAAAGAUUGAAUUUUUGGGUUCUUCUGGUAUCAAAUUCAGAGAUUUGAUCAUAAUUUGAGUGUCUGAAUUUUUCUGUUAUUUUUUGGUUGGUUAGAUUUUGACUCAGGAUUUCAUGAGUUGAAAACUGAAAGGAAAAUAAAACAGUGAAUUGAUGGGGACCUUGGGGAGUCCUAGUGAAGAGCGUGAGGAUCAUUUUUAUGAUACCCGAGAGGACCUCUCUUCGGUUUCGGAUUGGGGUUCAGAUUGCUGUGAGGACUUUAGUUCUGGUGCUUCAGGUUUCUUAAGGUAUGAGGAGGUUUGGGCUAAGAACCUGGAAAGUGUUCAUGAGCGCCGCCAUAAGUUCCUGGAGUGGAUGGGUGUAGAUUUGGAUUCGCAUUCGACGAUGACAGAAGACUCAGAAGAUAUCUUUGUUGACAGAAUUAAAAUUAUUGAUAGAUAUAGGGAAGAUAGCGGGGUAGUCUUGAGAACUUCGGGAUUGGAAGUGGCGUCUUGCUCCAGUCAGUCUACAGUGUCUUCUCUGUCAACUGAAGCUCGGGAGCCACUGGGAAAUGGUGCUUUGGAUGAUACUCAUUCCACAUCUGCAAUGAGGAAUUUGAACAGAGGAAUGAAUGUCAUUGUGAAUGAAUUAGGUCAUGAUGGAAGGCUUGGCAGAUUAGGUCAAGCUGCGCUAAAUCAAUUGGUUAAUGAGGAAGUUCAUAGUGCACUGGCACCAUCUCCUUCGAUUGAGCAAUUAUUACAGAGAGAAGUUGAUAACGCUAGGUUCUUUCUUGAUUCGAAGAAGAAAGUUAAAAGGGGAUGGUUUAGGAAAUUAGGAUUUGGGAUUUGCAUUGCUGAUAAACAUGAGGCUCCGUUGAACCCCAUCAGUCUUAAAUCUGCAUCAGGUGUAGGGAUGCGAAGAGUCCGAGUUCAUCCAAGUAAAAAACGGACCAAGGAACUAUCUUCACUAUAUGCUGGGCAAGACUUUUCGGCACAUGAGGGUUCAAUUUUGUCCAUGAAGUUCAGUCCUAAUGGGCAAUACUUGGCCAGUGCCGGUGAAGAUGGUAUCGUGCGAGUGUGGAAGGUGAUUGAGGAUGGGAAAUUCAACAAAUUUGAUAUUGCUUCUGAUCCUUCUUCUCUAUACUUCAAGAUGCAUCCAUUUUCCAAGUUAAACUCUCCAAAUGUGAAUAAAGAAAAACAGACUAAGGCGCAGCAAUUGGGGCGAUCAUCAGAGUCAGCUUGUGUCAUUUUCCCUCCAAAGGUAUUUCGCUUAUUGGAGAAGCCUCUUCAUGAGUUCCGGGGACACACAGGGGAGGUCUUAGAUCUCUCAUGGUCAACGAAAGGGUUUCUGCUCUCAUCCUCAGUUGAUAAGACGGUCCGUCUAUGGCAAGUGGGAUGCGACAGAUGCCUGAGAAUUUUUUCUCACAGUAAUUUUGUCACAUGUGUUAAUUUCAACCCUCUGGAUGAUAAUUAUUUCAUCAGCGGUUCAAUAGACGGAAAAGUUCGCAUCUGGGAAAUUGUUCGUUGUCUGGUUGUUGAUUAUAUUGAUGUUCACGAGAUAGUCACUGCUAUAUCUUAUUGUCCUGACGGAAAGGGAGGAAUUGUGGGUUUGAUGACUGGAAAUUGCUGCGUAUUUAACAUCAUAGAUGACCAUAUGGAAUUGGAUGUUCCGAUAAACAUACAGGGCAAAAAGAAGUCACCUGGAAAAAGGAUAACCGGCUUUCAGUUUUCUCCAAGCAACCCAAGCAAAGUUAUGGUGACGUCUGCUGAUUCAGCAGUCCGUGUAAUUUCUGGGAGAGAUAUCGUCUGCAAAUAUAGGGGUCUUCGAAAUGGAGGAAACCAUACAUCCGCGUCUUUUACCACAGAUGGAAAGCACAUUGUCUCAGCAAGCGAUGAUUCAAAUGUACACAUCUGGAACUUCAAUAGCCAGGACAUGACCUCUUCGCAAUCAAGGAAAAUAUGGUCUUGUGAGAGUUUUGUGUCCCACAACUCCAUCAUUGCUAUACCUUGGAAUGGUGUAAACAGCUUGCCAGGAACACUUCCAUCCCCCAGAUUCAUUGGGGAUGUGCCACAAAGUAGCCUUGAUUAUCCACCAAAGCAUCUCAACUUUGAUGAGAAAUUAGAUCAGAAAAUGCACCUCUCUUCGCCCGAUUGCUUCUCUUUGGGUCGGGGGUUUUUGCUCGAGUCCUUGCCAAGAGGUACCCCCACUUGGCCUGAGGAGAAGCUUGUAAACUCGAGUCCAGUACCCGUUUCCCCAGCGAUGUGUAGCUCCGAGUACAAGUUUUUGAAGAAAGCUUGCCAGAGCAUGUCUGGUUCUUCUCACAUGUGGGGCCUUGUGAUUGUCACUGCCGGCUGGGAUGGACGGAUUAGAACCUACCACAAUUACGGGUUACCUAUUCGUCGUUAAAAUCCCUGAGACUGCAUUUUUUAGGCAGUGGUUUUGCAUUCUUGCAAACGCAGCUGGUAAUUGUUAAAUAACCCUCGGUGCUUGUCCAAUGCAGUAUUACUGACAGUUUGCCAAAAGACAGCUCCAAGGUGGAUUUACCUAGUUUGUACCCCUGAAGAUUUCCAAAUGUAUUAUAGUCCAGUCGGGUUGUGCCAGGUGGCGACCGUUUAUACGAUUCAAGUGCAGUCCCACCAGGUGGCUGGGGGAUUGAUUUUUGGUUUUUGUAGUUGAUCAUCUUAUACAAGUCAAUUGUAUGAUUCUUUAAUUUGUUGGUUUUUCAGCUCAAGAAAUUUUGGACUUUCAUGUUGCUGUAGUUCCCUGGAAGUAGAAUACGUGUAUAUAGAUACAAGUGUGUGUAUAGAUACAGGCAGGUGCCCGUGGGGCAUCUUAUAAAAGCCUGCAUUUAGAAAUACUGUGUUCUUCACAUUCCAUUGAUCAAAAUUAAAUUUUGGGUGGUUUGGGGGGCA